AACCCACACGCAUUUUCCUCCUCUCCAUACUAAAAAAAAGAAAAAAAAACAAACACAGCACAGCACAGCACCACACCAUUCCAUCAUUUUGGAUUUGGGAUUUUGGAUUUCCCAAAGGAUUUGUCUUUCUCUUUACAAUUCCAAAGUUAUGUAAAAUUUUUAAAUCCCUUCCCUCAAAAAUUUUCACUUUACUUCCACGCAAACUCUACCAAUUCCUUUCCCAUUUCCCACCCUUCUCAUAACAAUUCACAAACCUGUUUUCCCUGUUUAUGUUUUUUCACAAUAAACCAAAAGCAAAAUUUAGGCAUUAGGGUUAGUUUCUUAUCUUAAACUAAACAAUUUUUUGUUUUUCAAUUUGAGCAAAAUUUUUUAUUUUUUUCCUUUGCAUUCGAAUUUCGGCUAAGAGAGUUCUAGAAAUUAGCUCUAGAUGAUUCUAUUCGAAAUUAGGGUUAGAUUAUAGUUUAGUACUAGCAGCUACAAUAAUGUCUCCGCCGGAAACCUCGGACGCCGAUGACGGUGGCCAGUACUCGUUCGCCGUGGAAUACAAUGGCCCGCCGGUUACCUACGAUCUUCCCCGGGCUGUUCCGAUUAACGUCGAGCGGAUUCCGGUGGCCGCUGUGGUUGCGCAGGUCUCCUUGUCCGAUAAACUGUCGAUGCCGGUUGUGCAACCGCUCUUAGCUCCCGAUCCUCGGGGCAAGAAUUUCUCGAAGGAGCUCAAGGCGUCUAUGGUUUCUCCGACCUCGGUGAUUGCCUUCGAUAGAAGCAACGGAAGUGAAGAGGUAGUUGAGUUAGGUUUUGAAGCGACUGUGUCUCCCACUUCUGUGAUUGGGUUUGAGGAGGAGAGAGAUAAGUUGGGUAGCUCGGGUGGGUUAGAAUUAGAGUUAGAGUUUUCGACUGGGUCUGGUGAAUUGUCCGAUGUAGCUAAUAGUUCGAGGAUGUUGGGGUCCUCGUGUAUUAGUCAUGAGGAUUCCCACGAGUUAUUAGGAGGAGCUGGGAGCUCUAGCACGAUAGAGUUUUCGGAUAGUUUUGAUAAUAAGUCGAUUGGGAGCUCUAGUGUUUUGAGGGUUUCGAAUGAUUUGAAUCAAUUGGAGGAGGAUUGGGUGUCGAAUGAGUCAGGAUUGAUUAGUGUGGAUUAUCCUUCGUCUCGGGUUUCUACCAUUAAGGCUACGGAUUGUAAUAAUGAGUCGAAUUGUGAUGCUAAACGACAAAAUGUUGUAACUUUUCGUGGCGUUGAGCCCGUAUCUGAUGAUGAUGAUGGUGGUCUUGAGGGGUGUAGUCGAGAUGAAUAUGAGGCUGAUGAGAUUAAGACUAUCAAACGUGGUGUGACUCUAAAAGCCAAAGGGAAGAAAGGGUCAUGCUAUCGAUGCCUUAAGGGGAACCGGUUUACAGAAAAGGAGGUUUGCAUUGUUUGUGAUGCAAAGUAUUGUAGUAAUUGUGUGCUUAGAGCAAUGGGAUCGAUGCCAGAAGGUAGGAAAUGUGUUACUUGCAUUGGACACCCGAUUGAUGAGUCGAAACGAGAGAAUUUGGGGAAGUGUUCUCGGAUGCUUAAGCGGCUGCUUAAUAAUGACUUAGAGGUUCGACAGAUAAUGAAGGCUGAGAAGUCGUGUGAAGCAAAUCAGCUACCGCCGGAGUACAUUUGUGUGAAUGGACAACCUCUUUCUCAUGAGGAGCUGGCUUUAUUGCAGACCUGCCCAAACCCACCAAAGAAGCUCAAACCAGGGAACUAUUGGUAUGAUAAAGUAUCUGGUCUUUGGGGAAAGGAAGGACAAAAGCCUUCCAAAAUUAUUAGUCCCCACCUGAAUGUUGGGGGUCCUAUAAUGCGAAAUGCUAGCAAUGGGAACACACAAGUUUUUAUAAAUGGUCGGGAGAUCACAAAAGUAGAGCUUCGGAUGUUACAGUUGUCAGGAGUUCAGUGUGCUGGUAACCCACACUUUUGGGUGAACGAUGAUGGGUCAUAUCAAGAAGAGGGACAGAAGAAUACAAGAGGGUAUAUAUGGGGCAAGGCUGGAACGAAAUUGGUUUGUGCUUUCCUGUCAUUGCCUGUUCCUUCCAAAUUUUCAAAUUCUUCUGGAGAACAACUAAGCAGUUCGCUUAGCAGAAAUGUCCCUGACUACCUUGAGCAGAGAUCACUUCAGAAGAUUCUCUUAGUUGGCUGUAAUGGAUCUGGGACGAGUACCAUAUUUAAACAGGCCAAAAUUCUUUACAAAGCUGUCCCUUUUUCUGAGGAAGAGAGAGAAACUAUGAAAUUGAAGAUUCAGAGUAAUGUAUAUGGCUAUCUUGGUAUACUUCUUGAGGGUCGUGAGCGUUUUGAAGAAGAAAGUCUCAUUGAGGUUAAGAAAAAGCAUGCUUGUAGUAUAAUUGAUCCCUCAGGGAAGACUGAUAACGUUGAUGAGAAAACUAUUUAUUCCAUUGGCCCAAGGCUGAAAGCUUUCUCCGAUUGGCUUCUUAAAACUAUGGUGUCAGGAAAUUUGGAAGCUAUCUUUCCAGCUGCUACUCGUGAAUAUGCACCAUUGGUUGAGGAGUUAUGGAAUGAUUCAGCCAUGCAGGCCACAUACAAUCGCCGAAGUGAAUUGGAAAUGCUACCAACUGUUGCCAGUUAUUUCUUAGUGCGGGCGGUUAAUAUAUUAAGAACAGACUAUGAACCUUCAAAUUUGGAUAUCCUACAUGCUGAGGGUGUUACUUCAUCAAAUGGGCUUGCCUGUGUAGACUUCUCAUUUUCCCAGCCAGCACCUGAUGAUAACAUAGAUGCUGCUGAUCGUCAUGAUUCUUUGCUUAGGUAUCAGCUAAUUAGAGUUCAAGAAAGAGGCUUAGGAGAGAACUGCAAGUGGUUAGAGAUGUUUGAAGAUGUUGGAAUGGUCAUUUUCUGUGUUGCCCUUAGUGACUAUGACCAGUUUUCUGUUGAUGGGAAUGGUUCUAUCACUAACAAGAUGAUGCAGAGCAGAAAAUUAUUUGAAAGUAUUGUCACUCAUCCAACCUUUGAUCAGAUGGAUUUUCUUUUGAUUCUAAAUAAAUUUGAUAUAUUUGAGGAAAAGAUGGAACAAGUACCUUUGACACAAUGUGACUGGUUUGAUGAUUUUCAUCCGGUGUCCAGUCGUCAUCGCUCCAGCAGCAGCAGCAAAAGCAACAGCUACUUCAACAGCAACGGCAACUUCAACAGCAACAGCAACAACAUCAAUAAUAGCCCCUCGCUGGGUCAUUUGGCAUUCUACUACAUUGCUGUGAAGUUCAAGAGACUUUUUGCUUCUCUCACUGGGCGGAAGUUGUACGUUUCUCUGGUGAGGGGUUUGGAGCCUCAUAGUGUUGAUGCAUCUCUUAAAUAUGCAAGGGAGAUUAUGAAGUGGGAUGAAGAGAGAGCCAACUUUAGCUUGAGUGAGUAUUCACUAUAUAGCACCGAGGCGAGUUCCUUCUCUCAUUGAUAUCCAAAUUAGAGAAGGUUUGUAAAUGGAUCAUCUUUCUGUAUGGAAUUUUCCUUGCCAGUGUACAUAUAAUGGCAAGUUCACAUGGCAAGUAAAUGGACGAGAGGAGAUAUUUUCUUGCACGGGCAUUUGCUGCUUCUUGAGAUAGACAUUACCAUUUCUGUAGUGUGAGUCUGAAUAUCUUGCAGCAAUAGUGCACAUAUUGACGUGCUUGCUCAUCGCCACUCAAGUUGCGUGAUAUGUUCGACUUCCAUGUCAAUAUAUAGUAAUCAUUUGAUGUUGUGUUUUAUACCAUGGUUAUGUUGCUGUGUCAACUUUGAACUAGAUUCAUGAUAUUCAUUUGUAAUGGAGAAAGAUGAAAUGCAUCAGGUGUAUGUAGCAUGGUAGCUAA